AUUUGUGCGUCGCCUCAAUCUCGGAUAGUUUGCGCACAACCAUCAUUGCUCAGCCCAGAACACGGUUAGCUGUUAAUCAAACAAUCGAACAAAGCUAAUAGUAUUAAUUCGAGAAACGGCAAAAAUCAUAAAAGAGAGAAAGAAACGUUUCAACGUGUUCUGAUUUCUGUUUCAGAGACUAGCAGACCAAAUUGGUUAUGAUCAUACGAAACCUAAUCUAGUUAUUGGUAGUCUUUUUUUGGGGCUGAUAGUGUAAAUCGUAAUAAAAUUUAAAUGAAGUUAACCGAACAGUUGCAAUAAUUUCUCUUAAAUUUUGAUAUAUUUAGCAUAAUUUUGACGUUAUUUCUCUUCUAAGAUGUAAAAUAAUUUUUAUUUUAACGGCGUAAAAGAAAAGAAAGGAAUGCAUUUCUUUCAAAAUAUAUUUAUAUACGAAUGUAUAUGUACAUAUAUGUAAUUUUGAACAUACAUUACUUUAUAUAAGUAACGUUAUUGUUCUUAAUUGUUUUAAUUUCUUUGAACUUACAGUUUGGAGGACGAUUCUACCGCAGUGGGAAUUGCUGUACGACAUCGUUACUUUUUGCGUCUCUUUUUAAGUCAUUUCUUUCACUCUUUGCCCAUAUUAAAAACUAUAAAAAUAUAUAAAACUUAUGUUUAUUAAAAUUUUACAGUACACCAAAUAUUAAAUAUUCUUAAAUUGAAUAUUAUAUAUAUGAAUAUUUAAAAUUAUGCUUAAUUUUAAAAAAUAAGACUAGAAAAGAAAGAUAAUAGAAAUUGAAUUUAUUAUUGAAUACAUUUUAUAAAAUUAUUAACAGUUAUAGUACCUCUAUCAUCGCAAAAAAAAAUGGAAAAAGUAUGGAAGAAAAAAAAAUAAAAACAAAUGUUGAGAUAUUCUUAAAAAAAUUCUUAUGUGUGUGUGAUGGUGGAAGUACUAAAUAUAGAUUUCAUAUUUUAUUUUUAUCUAAUGCUAAUUUUUUUCGUAGGAAAUGCAUCAGAGUUCUUGCCAGGCCCUAUAUAUGAUCUUAAUCAAAUUAAACAAGUUGUUGCUGGACCUGGAGCUAAAUAUCUUACAUUGCCUGGCAUUCUAGGUGCAGGUCUUCCAAAAAUUACAUCUGAACAACAGGAUACAGUAAAUAGAGCAAAAAAAUAUGCAAUGGAACAAAGCAUCAAAAUGGUUUUAAUGAAGCAGACACUCGCUCAUCAACAACAGAAGAAUAAGUUGGUCCUGCGGCAGCAAGUUUUAUUGCUAAUGUGCAGCAAAUGGCUAGUCAACGGAAUCAGGUGCAGAGACAGCAGGCUCUCGCCCUCAUGUGCAGGGUAUAUGUGGGCAGCAUCAGUUUUGAAUUAAAAGAGGAUACGAUUAGGCAAGCUUUUUUGCCUUUUGGUCCUAUAAAAUCAAUCAACAUGUCUUGGGAUCCAGUUACGCAGAAGCACAAAGGAUUUGCAUUCGUCGAAUACGAGAUACCUGAAGCAGCACAACUUGCUUUGGAACAAAUGAAUGGUGUCAUGAUUGGUGGACGUAACAUCAAGGUUGUGGGACGUCCGUCGAAUAUGCCUCAAGCUCAAUCCGUUAUAGAUGAAAUUACUGAAGAAAGUAAACAUUAUAAUCGAAUUUAUAUUGCAUCAAUUCAUCAAGAUUUAACAGAGGAUGAUAUUAAAUCUGUGUUUGAAGCGUUUGGACCCAUUACAUAUUGUAAAUUGGCACAAGGAAGCUCACCACAUCGACAUAAAGGUUAUGGUUUUAUCGAAUAUGAAACAAUGCAAGCUGCUUUGGAAGCUAUUGCAUCAAUGAAUUUAUUUGACUUGGGUGGGCAGUACUUACGAGUAGGCAGGGCUAUUACGCCACCAAAUGCUCUUAUGGGUCCGCCAAGUGGAACUAGUAUGAUGCCUACUGCUGCAGCAGUUGCAGCUGCAGCUGCAACUGCAAAAAUUCAAGCGAUGGAUGCGGUAGCCAGUAAUGCAGUUGCUCUUGGUUUGACUAAGCUUGGAGCAGCUGCACCGCCGAUUUUAAAUCAAGCUUUACCUGGGAUAGUAAGACCCAGUAUUGCUCCUGCAACAAUGAUGGCACCACCAACUAUAGCAACAGUAGCACCUGUUAUACCUCCUCCUGGUAUAGCUAUACCGCAAACAUUAACUCGACCUCCUGCAAUAAUUCAACCAAUACCUGGACAACCAGUUGUGAUACCACCUCCAGCUGUUGUUGCACCUACAAUAGUAGGAACUCCAGUUAUACCAGUUACAACUACAACAAAUUCUGAUAUUAUGAGACGAGCACAAGAGCAAGCAGCUCAUCAAAAACAGCAAGAAGAAUUACAAAAAAAAUUGUUAGAGGAAACAGAACCGCAAACAUUACAGCAACAAGAAAAUAUGUCAAUCAAAGGACAAAGUGCGCGUCAUCUUGUUAUGCAAAAACUUAUGCGCAAAGUUGAAUCUCGCGUUGUCAUUUUACGAAAUAUGGUAGCUCCAGAAGAUGUGGAUGAAAGUUUACAAGAAGAAAUUCAAGAUGAAUGUUCUAAAUUUGGAGUUGUCGAAAGAGUUAUUAUUUAUAAUGAACGACAAUCUGAAGACGACGAAGAUGCAGAAGUUAUCGUAAAAAUUUUUGUUGAAUUUUCUCAAAUGAGUGAGGCAGAACGUGCAAGAGAUUCUUUGAAUGGUCGUUACUUUGGUGGACGAUUAGUGAAAGGAGAAUUAUACGAUCAAGCUUUAUUUGAUAAUAGUGAUUUUUCAGGUUGAUUACAAAAUACUAUCACAUCAUGUGUUGAAUUCCAUCAGUUUCAUUUAAACAAAAGAAUUUACUUACUGUUCAGUGAUAUUCCAUGUUGUCUACAUCGGAAAUACUUCUUAUACAAUGUAAACAAUUAUAAUCUAUCUUCUGAUUAAAAAAAAAGUCUAGGUUUUAA